ACAGUGCUUGUUUUCUUGCUUUACCAGCAACUGUAUACGAAAUAUUCCCAACCCCCUUGUACGUCUACCUGUGAACGCAGACACGCAAAUUUUGUCACUUCCUUUAACACAAUUGUGUACUACAUACCUUGCACGCAUAGUAAUUGCACCAAUUACGGCUUUCUGAAAAACUUUGAACUCAUUUGUUUUCCCUGUACCUGUCUUUCUUCCACCCUUUCGUUCUUUUCUGUUUCUGAAAUUGUUUCGUUAUUAUCUGUGUAAUGGGACGCUUACUGCUGGCUAAUUUAUUUCUCCCUUCAUCUGUUGGCAUUUCGUACGACUCCGUCGGUUCUUCAGAACUUGCAUCAAGAUUCCUUCCAAGCGAGCAAGCCGCUAAAUGGCUUACGGACGGACCAUUAAAUGAAACGUUGCUGGUCUCGGAUUCCGAGGACUCGGUGGCCGAGAUGUCACCUUGUACGAUAACCCGAAACAAUAGCGAGGACAAACACAAUUCUGACUCUACGGACACGUAUUUAUCUGACGGUGCUAACGAUCCUGCAUCCAUAUCCAAAAUCUUCAAUCACAAACACCUGUCGUCCAUUCGUGAGCAAGUGAACUUGACCGAGCCCGUUUCGCGUCAUCACAGCCCACCGCCUGUCAGCGUUCUGGCUCCUCAAUACGAGACUCCGCAAACGGCAGCAAGAACGCGGCGUCGCUCGUCCGUCUACUCACAGCGUCGUCCAUCCAUUGACUUGGCUGCGUGGACAGAAGUUCAGUUUAAAAUUCGCCCCAGCUCCAGCGGCAAUGUAUGCGUCGUGAAUGCGAUUAACGCAGCCAAACGUGAAAAUCCCGAUUUCGAUGAGCAUAUAUACUUUGGUACGUGCGGGGUUCCGACUGACGCACUUCCUCAGGCUCUUCGUGAGCGCAUUGACAAAGUGUACCAAGACGAGCAUAACAGCAAGGUUGUGUAUGUGUCUGACACAGACUUUGUUGGCCAUUAUAAUCAUUACUGCAAGCAUAUCUUAUGGCCUACCUUUCAUUACCAAAUACCUGACAAUCCAAAGUCUAAAGCCUAUGAAGAUCAUUCUUGGCACAAUUAUGUGAGCGUGAACCAGGCUUUUGCUGACUCGCUCGUGGAAAACUACAAGGACGAGGACUGCAUUUGGGUGAAUGAUUACCAUUUGCUUCUCGUUCCCCAGAUGGUUCGUGAGAAGAUUCCCGAGGCCAAGAUUGGCUUAUUUGUUCAUAUUCCAUUCCCCUCUUCUGAAGUCUUUCGCUGUUUGCCAACACGUAAGGAGCUGCUCACAGGCAUGCUCGGUGCAAAUGUGAUUACUUUCCAGAUACACGAGUUUGCUCACCAUUUCAUGCAAUCUUGCUCUCGUCUUAUGGACUUGGAUGUGAGUGGAAACGUUAUCACGAUUGAUAACCGCAUCAUUAUCAUCAACAGUCUUCCCAUUUCAGUGGAUCCUGUCGCUCUGAACCGUCAUCUGAGCAGUGCUACUGUUAACCACUGGACACAUGUUCUUAUGAAACGUUUUAAGGGAAAACGACUCAUUGUUUCCCGUGACAAGCUCGAUCCCAUUAAGGGAGUUCGCCAAAAGCUUCUUUCGUUUGAAAAGUUUCUUGCAAAGUAUCCCGAAUUCCGCGAGAAUACCAUUUUCGUCCAAGUCUCUCCAUCAUCUGUCGACGACGGCGAGUACCUUCCUGCAAUUUCCGAUAUUUGCACACGGAUUAAUUCUGCCUAUUCGAACAUUGCUUCUCAGCAUGUUCCUGUCAUGCUUCUCCAGCUUGAGCUCUCCUACUCUCAGUACUUGGCUCUUCUUAAGGUUGCAGAUGCCAUGAUUGUAAACUCUCUUCGCGAAGGCAUGAACUUGACGUCGCUUGAGUAUAUUUUUGCUCAACAAGAGCGUCAUAGACCUCUUAUUUUGAGUGAAUUCGUUGGCAGUGCUUCAUUGCUCGGCGACUUUGCUAUCAUCAUUAAUCCUUGGGAUUACCAACAGACAGCAGAUGCUUUCCAUAAGGCACUUACUCUGUCUGACGAAGAAUGUGACAAGCGUUACGAAAAAUUGCUUCGUGUCAGCAAUGCCUUUGAGGCUGGAAAAUGGGCACAAGCAUUUUUGAACAGCAUUAAGGAGUCAUGGAAGCUACAAAUCAAGUAUUUGCUGCGCAGAACGCCUCGAUUCUCUGCCAGCAGUCUUCGUUCAUCUUACCAAAGAGCGAAGAAACGCUUUAUUUUCCUCAACUACGAAGGCACCUUGGCCUCUUGGGGUAAUCAAAAACAUAUCGUGAUGUCGAGUUUGCAAAGGGCAAACGAUCUUCUCGUCGAACUUACAAGUGAUCCGAAAAACUGUGUCUACGUCUCUAGCACAUUGUCUCCCCAAGAGUUGGAUCAACUUUUCCACCGUGUGCCCAAUUUGGGAAUCGUGUCAGAGAACGGCUGUUACACACACCUUCCAGACCCUGAAAGCUCAGGCAAGCUGAAGUGGACCUGCAAUGUUCCCAACUGUGACCUUAGUUGGCAAAAGACGGUCUUCGAUAUUUUCAGCUAUUAUGCCGAGCGCACCCCUGGAACAUACGUUUCCCGCAAAAACAUAUCCAUCAUCUUCCAUUUUGGCAGUGCUGAAGAUGCGGACACGGCAGCUUGGGCUGUUAAGGAGUGCUGUGCUUCGGUGAAUGGAUUUAAAAAAUUGAAUUGCCAUGUCUUCGUGUCUACUGAAGCCGUUAUCUGUACAACAUUGGAUGUUUCUUGUCGUGAAGCGGCUGAACGGGCAUAUAAGACGAGUGGUGAAAGUGAAUUCGAUUUCGUCUUCGCCGCUAGUGACGACCCAGUGGAUGAUGCCAUAUUUGAGUGGGUCCGCGAGCUGGGUCACCAGGGUGCCGGUGCACCAUUCACACAAACCGUUAGUGUUGGUGAGCGUGCUUUUAGUAACGCUGAUUACACGUCGGCUGGUGUGUUCGGCUUUUUGAACGAUUUCCAGAAGGCAGUCAGCAAGUAAGGUGACGAAUCGUAAUUGCUUCGAUGCAUCAUGUGAAUGCCUGUACUUUUUUUGAACGAUACAUAUUCUGAUGGACCUUUUUUAAUGUUGUUAACGAACCAGAUAUAGCUCUUAUCAAUGGAGGUGAAUAUUCUUUCUUUUAACGCUAGAGCGACGAUGAAAUCGUGUAUUAACUGUCUUAAA